CAGGGCCACGCCCCCACCUUGGGACCGACCCGGAAGCGGCGCUACUCCUUGGGGGAAGAUGGCGCCCUUGGGGCUGAAGGCUGUGGUAGGGGAAAAAAUUCUAAGCGGAGUCAUCCGGAGCGUUAAGAAGGAUGGCGAAUGGAAGGUUCUCAUCAUGGACCACCCAAGCAUGCGCAUCUUGUCAUCCUGUUGUAAAAUGUCAGACAUCUUGGCGGAGGGCAUCACCAUUGUGGAAGACAUAAACAAACGGAGAGAACCCAUUCCUAGCUUGGAGGCGAUUUAUUUGUUGAGUCCCACGGAGAAGAAGAUAGAGCUGAGUCCAGCAGUGAUCUCUACUCCACAGUCAGUUCAGGCCCUGAUUGCAGACUUCCAGGGGACACCAACCUUCACCUACAAAGCAGCCCAUAUCUUCUUCACUGACACAUGCCCUGAGCCCUUGUUCAGUGAACUGGGCCGCUCUCGCCUGGCGAAGGUGGUGAAGACAUUGAAAGAGAUCCACCUUGCCUUCCUCCCCUACGAGGCUCAGGUGUUCUCUCUGGACGCCCCGCACAGCACCUACAACCUUUACUGCCCAUUCCGAGCAGGAGAGCGGGCACGGCAGCUUGAGGCAUUGGCCCAGCAGAUAGCCACACUGUGUGCCACUCUUCAGGAAUACCCAGCCAUUCGCUACCGCAAGGGUCCAGAAGACACAGCCCAGCUGGCCCAUGCUGUCCUGGCCAAGUUGAAUGCCUUCAAGGCAGACACGCCCAGUCUGGGCGAGGGCCCAGAGAAAACACGCUCACAGCUGCUCAUCAUGGACCGGGCAGCAGACCCCGUGUCGCCACUGUUGCACGAACUCACAUUCCAAGCCAUGGCCUAUGAUCUUCUGGACAUCGAACAGGACACAUACAGGUAUGAGACCACAGGCCUGAGUGAGUCCCGGGAGAAGGCUGUCCUCCUGGAUGAAGACGAUGAGCUGUGGGUGGAACUUCGACACAUGCACAUAGCAGAUGUUUCCAAGAAGGUCACAGAGCUCCUGAAGACGUUCUGUGAGAGCAAGCGGCUGACCACAGACAAGGCCAACAUCAAAGACCUGUCCCACAUCCUGAAAAAGAUGCCACAGUAUCAGAAGGAGCUGAACAAGUACUCUACGCACCUGCAUUUAGCAGAUGACUGCAUGAAGCAUUUCAAGGGCACGGUGGAGAAGCUGUGCAGUGUGGAACAGGACCUGGCCAUGGGCUCUGAUGCAGAGGGUGAGAGGAUCAAGGACGCCAUGAAACUGAUUGUCCCGGUGCUGCUGGACGCCUCGGUGCCGCCCUACGACAAGAUCCGGGUUCUGCUGCUCUAUAUCCUCCUGCGGAACGGUGUGAGCGAGGAGAACCUGGCCAAGCUGAUCCAGCAUGCCAACGUGCAGUCCUACAGCAGCCUCAUCCGGAACCUGGAGCAGCUGGGGGGCACUGUCACCAACCCGGCGGGCUCAGGGACUUCUAGCCGGCUGGAGCGCAGAGAGCGCAUGGAACCCACCUACCAGCUGUCUCGCUGGUCCCCAGUCAUCAAGGACGUGAUGGAGGAUGUGGUGGAGGACCGGCUAGACAGAAAACUGUGGCCCUUUGUGUCUGACCCCGCCCCUGUGGCCAGCUCCCAGGCGGCUGUCAGUGCUCGCUUCGGCCACUGGCACAAAAACAAAGCUGGUGUAGAGGCUCGGGCGGGGCCCAGGCUCAUCGUGUACAUUGUGGGUGGUGUCGCCAUGUCUGAAAUGAGGGCUGCCUAUGAGGUGACCAGGGCCACUGAAGGCAAGUGGGAGGUGCUCAUAGGUUCUUCUCAUAUCCUCACUCCAACCCGCUUCCUCGAUGACCUCAAGACCCUGGACCAGAAGCUGGAAGACAUGGCCCUGCCCUGACGCAGCAGCUUGCCUCUGCCCUCUCCUCCUGUUGCAGAGAAAUAAACUCCUCCCUUCUGCCCCUCCA